UUUUGUUGGGACCUGGGAAGAAAAAUUGCCCCGCUGAGGUACCGAGGAGGCGAAAUAAAAGAAAAAGAAACCGCCCGAAACCAUGGACAUGUACGAGGCUGCUGUUUAAUCGCCUAAAAUGCAAGCGGACGUGCUUUCGCCGUGAACUAAACUGAGGAGGUUUUCGUGUGGUAGAGUAACCUUCCCUCUCCCUCAUCAUGCUGAGCUUCCUGCGCAGGACGCUGGGGCGACGCUCCAUCCGGAAACAUGCAGAGAAGGCCCGGUUACGAGAGGCACAGCGUGCCACAACACACAUCCCUGCAGCUGGGGAUGCAAAGUCUAUCAUCACUUGCCGCGUUUCCUUGCUGGACGGGACAGACGUCAGUGUUGACUUGCCGAAAAAAGCCAAAGGUGAAGAGCUGUUUGACCAGAUCAUGUACCAUCUGGACAUUGUGGAGAAAGACUACUUCGGACUGCGCUUCAUGGACUCGGCACAAGUGCCGCACUGGCUUGAUGUCACAAAAAGUAUCAAAAAGCAAGUGAAAAUUGGUCCACCAUACUGCCUUCACAUGAGAGUAAAGUUUUACUCCUCAGAACCAAACAACCUGCACGAGGAGCUAACCAGAUACCUGUUUGUGUUACAAUUAAAGCAAGAUAUCCUCAGUGGAAAGCUAGAAUGUCCAUUUGAAACAGCGGUGCAGUUGGCUGCCUUUUCUCUUCAAGCUGAGCUUGGUGACUGUGAUCCUUUGGACCAUAAUUUGGACCUGGUUUCUGAAUUUCGCUUCAUUCCCAAUCAGACAGAGGAUGUCGAGCUGGCGAUAUACAAUGCAUGGAAGGAGUGCAGAGGUCAGACACCAGCCCAAGCUGAAAUUAACUACCUGAAUAAAGCCAAGUGGCUAGAAAUGUAUGGUGUGGACAUGCAUAUGGUUAAGGCAAGAGACGGUAAUGAGUACAGUCUGGGUUUGACACCAACUGGAGUUCUGGUGUUUGAAGGAGAAACCAAGAUCGGCCUCUUUUUCUGGCCCAAGAUCACUUCUCUGGAUUUCAAGAAGAGCAAACUGACACUUGUGGUAGUAGAAGAUGAUGAACAGGGCAAAGAACAGGAGCAUACCUUUGUCUUUAGGAUGGAUCACCCUAAGGCCUGUAAGCACCUGUGGAAGUGUGCUGUAGAGCACCAUGCUUUCUUUAGGCUGAGAGGGCCGGUACAGAAGAACUCUGCACGCUCUGGAUUCAUUCGCAUGGGAUCACGCUUCAGAUACAGUGGAAAGACAGAGUAUCAGACAACCAAGGCCAGUAAAGCAAGGCGGUCUGCCUCCUUUGAAAGAAGGCCCAGUCGACGCUACUCCAGAAGAACUAUGCAAAACAGAGGAACAUUCAGUCCUAAUGAGGCUCUUUCUCCUGGCAAUGGAGUCAACUCCAACAAAGACAAGGUUGCCUCCAGUAGAGGUGCCUGGUCCAGCGUGCCUGUGGUCAGUCCUGCAGCUGCUUCUGCUUGUGGACCGAUGGAAAUUGAGGCUCUACCCAGAAGUCCUGGUGGAGAAAAGAGAAGUAUGCCCAUGGUUGCUGAUCUGAUGGAAACAUGCAUCGAUGAUGUCCUCAGAGCUCCUGUAGUUCCACCGGUAACAGCAACAGAGGAUGCAGGACCAAGCACCACCUAUGCCAACCCCAGUGUCCCUGGAGAAGAACCUCUAAGCCUCUCAGAAGCAUCAGCUCGUCUGAAGCAGCUGGCUUUGGAGAGUAGUCCACUUCCUGCUACUCCAAGAAACAACAUCAAUGUCAAUGUGGCCAUGAAUAAUCAGGACGAUGUGGUGAAGCUCACAGAGAAGUGUGGUCUGAACAGCACAGGCAGCAGUCCAGUUGUCACUCCACUGCGCACCCCAGAGGAUCUAAAGAGCAACAUCCUGAAAGCACAAGCUGAGGCUGCACUCAAGGGAUCUAUGGAGGAACAUGUGGUGAUGGUCGGAGAUAAAAACUGUAACAUCCAGGAGGCUUCUGCAAGGUUGAAGGUGCGUACAGGUCGCAUGGGCAGUAACACGUCUCUGUCUGUUAGCGGUCGCCCAGACAUUCAAGACUCCUGGGACCUGCUCAAGCCAGCCUCACUGGUCUCAUCAGCAGGGGCCAGUGCCGAAGUGCUUGCUGAAGAUUCAACCCCCUCAGUUCCCAAGCUGCCCUUGGACUCUGCUGGUGAAGCCAUGGCUCCAAAGGCUAAAGCAGAGGAGGUUGACCUGACUGUUAGCGCCCCAGUGUCUGACAACCUGAUCGAUUUCACUGAUCCAACUCCUGUGCUACCACUAGUGCAGCAGCCCAAACCACUCAUCACCCCUCGCUGGAUUAUCCCUACCAAUGCUCCCACUGGUGUCUUUACUAACGGCCUGCUCGACCUCGAACCCCCUGCUAAGGUCAACCCUCCUCUGCCUGCAGAUGGGGGAGCAGCUCUCACCCCAGCCCUCCCUCUCCUCGCUCACACACGCAACACCAGCUCUGCCAGCACUGGGGGUCAACAGCCAGCCUCAGAGGAUGGAGCCAAACCCAGAGGUCUCCUGACCACUGAGCUCUGAUGAAACAAGCAGCAGCUUUCCCAGCAUUCAUCUUUCCUGACUACUCCUCCUCCUCACCACAUCACCCAUUCACACACAAACAAGCCGGGCCUACUGAGCUGAACAUUUCAAGUUCGGAGGAAAGUGGAACCUGGGAAGAGGCAGCUCGCACGCUCCAUAAACACUACUCAAACUGCACCCACACUGACAAAAAACGACUGAACAAGUUCAACGUAGCACACAGGACAAUAAUAGGAAUAUGACUGCAGUAUUUAGUCAUAACAACACAGCCUAGUUUUUGUUGGUUAGUUUAAACAAUCAUGUAGCUUCAGUAUGUUCAGUGACCUGCCAUUCACUCAGUCCAUCCAGUCAAUAAACCCCACUCUGAUGACACUGUAAGGACCGUUAAAUAGCAGCCCCCUCUGGACUUAGAGACCUCCUUUAGGGCUGCUUCUUCCUCCUUUUAAUCACUGUUGAUUCACACCGCUGGAUUUCUGUUACUCUGAGCUUUUCUAAUCACACAGCACAUUGAGCUGCUGAAGUACACUGGAUGAAGGACAACAAAGAGAAAUCUGUGCAACAGGGAUGGCAGGGGCUUAAAUCGUCGAUUCAGAGAGAUGAAACACCUGGACUCUUGACAUGGAUUUUACACUGUGCUGUCCCUGUAUUCCACUACAAACCAUUUGUUUUUAACCGUUACUACAUGUGAACAUCAGCUGGAUAGGAAGACUUCACUGGAUUAUUUUUGCAACACUGGAAUCACUGAAAUGAAUGACUUUAUUUUUCCCCUGCUGUUUUUAUUAUGCAGCUCUUACCUGCGCUGUCUUAUGAGAUGUUUUUUAAAUGACCCAUGCUGUACCUUUAAAUUCAUCAGUAGAAUGAGGAUAUUAAUGUGUUUGGUUAUACGCAAGUAUUUACAAAUGAGUUAAAGAUGGCCACACAUGAGUGACAAAUUUUAACACUUUGAGCAAAAUGUGAAACUAGAUAUUAUUGUACACCUGUGGUGUUUGUUAUCAUGAUCCCUGCAGGUGACCAGGAUUGCUAUCUGAAAGGAUUUUAGACAACGAUUUGACCAUUUUAUAGAGCAUUGCUUCAGGUACUAACGUGUUGUAGCCACUACCCUGCCUUAUGGAGAUGAAUGUAUUCAGAUAGUCUCAUCUAAGAAUGCUGGAGAUGCCACAUUAGCAACGUUUUACAACUUCUUAUAAUUCAGAUUGCUGAUAUAUUUUAUAACUGGAGGAAAACUUGUGAAAUAUCUUAAAAAGCUGAUUUUAUACAUGUAAAAUUGAGGCCUAAGUGUAUUUUUGAGUUCUUAAUGAAGCAUAUCACGCAAACUCUUAAACAUAGACAUGUAUUUGUACUCUAUACUGAGUUAUCAUCACAACUGGACCCUCAUUUAGUCUGCUAGUUUUUUCACUGUGAUUUAAUUGUCUGUAUUCAACAAGGGAAGCUGACUGUUUGACAGAGUCGUCUUAGCAGUGACAGUUAUUUAUGCUACUACUCGGUGUAAGUGUUCCAACAUUGUCCAAAAGUGUUGUAGCAAACAGUUCUUAUGUAUUGUCGGUAAAAUGGCAUCAGCUGGCUGUAGAUAUGAAGUAGAUUUAUAUAUAUUUUUGAAAAUUAUGUUGGCAGUAUUCUUACUACAUUUCUGCAUACAAAUGUUUUCUAAUUACAGAAGAAGUAGAACAUGUGUUACUGAUCACACUGACUGGAAAAAACACUGGUUUUGUCUCAAAUGCAAUUUUAUAUGAACUUUUUCUUUCUGGAGUACCUGAUCAUGAUGAAGUAAAACUUUGCUACAGUAGGA